UGUAUUAGAUAUAGUAUGCAUUUGGCGCGGCGCCCCACUCAGGUUUUAUCCCUUCAUUCCUGUAUUGGAAAAAAUGAAUUCAGAAAACCGAUCGCUUUAUCUCCCUCUAUGUUGCGCCCGUAUGUCAAAGGCGGUGACAUUCCGCAGCCAUCCGUGAUCUGACGCGGCAUUUUAUGUUUAUUCUUCACAGGAGUCAGUUGGUCAUGUCCCUCCCAUGCCCAUCAGUUUUUGUUCUGGCAGCGACUCGCGCGACCUAACGACGUGCCAUCCGCACAGUACUCUGGCUUUGUGCGCUCUUCGGAUCGCUCGUGCGGCGGUCACGUGGCUGUUCCAGCGGGCGCGCGCUCCUUCUCUAAACUCUGCGCGUUCCCGCCCCAGCUGCCGCGCUGCAUUGAAAUCCAGCGGCAGCCCCCCUCCAUCAUGCCAUGGAUAUGCUAUGGCAGUACCAGUUUCGAAUCAUCUUGCUUGGCGACUCGACGGUGGGCAAGUCGUCUUUGCUGAAGCGCUUCACCGACGGCUUGUACAGCGACGUGGCGGACCCCACGGUCGGCGUGGAUUUUUAUGCCCGCUCUUUGGAGAUCGAGCCGGGAGUGAAGAUUAAGCUGCAGCUUUGGGACACGGCUGGCCAAGAACGAUUCAGAUCCAUCACCACCUCCUACUACAGAAACUCAGUGGGUGGCCUCCUGGUGUUUGACCUGACUAACCGGAAGACGUUUGAUCACAUACGGGACUGGCAUCGUGAGGUGGUUGAGCACGUCAAGCCUCACAAAAUGGUCUUCAUCCUGAUCGGGCACAAGAGUGACCUGACAGCUGAGCGACGCGUGUUCAGGGACGAGGCAGAGAAGCUGGCAGCCACCCUUGGGGUACGCUACGUGGAGACAUCUGCUAAGAACAACAGCAACGUGGACCGCGCCUUCGAAUUGCUGACCCUGGACAUCUACGAGCUGAUGAAGUGUGGUGAGAUCAUGCCUCGCGAUGGCUGGGACGGAGUAAAAAGCGGCCUUAAUGCCAAAGUCCUCUACCCGUCUGAGCAAGAGCCACCAGAGAGCAAGUGCCAUUGUUAGUUUUACUUUCUGAGUCUCCAAUAGCCUGGUUCUCAUGGUUAUGUGCCAUUAUACCACCUGGAAUAAUCCAGACGAUCUUUGUGGCCUGCAUUAAGCAAUUCCUUCCUCUAGCAUAGUCUAGUAACACAGAUGUUUUCAUCCUGGAUGGGUUUCUUCUCAUGAGAAUGCACCAUGGCUGCUGUGUGCUGUCAAUGGAAUGCAACCCCACCCCCCCACCCCCCAGUGCGGCAAGGCCGAGGGGAAGCAUUUUACGGCCAUCACUUAAGAUCAGUAGCUGGAAGCUGAACCAUGACAACCUGCGUCUAUUGGACCAUUCCAUUCUGCUCCAAGCAGCCACAUUAAAUGGUCUAACGCCAUCAGAGGCGCGCACACACACACACCAUUCAUGCAGACAUUUUGCUUUAUUCUUGCUGUUCACCAGUGCCGUGAAUUAUUAGCUGGCCUGCUGAGCAUCUCAACCACAGCAGCCCACGCGUCCAGAUGCUCCUCAGGAUGAAGGAGCAGCACAUGUCUUCUCAGUACCACUAGUUAGGAAUUGGAAGUGUGCAAAGUUACCAGACAGACUUAGCAUCCCGUGGGGAAGAGGUCGAGGUGGGCUCUUGUCCAACAUGGAAGACAGUGAGCACAUGGAGCAUCAGGUUGGAAAGCCAUGCAGUCCGUACCAACAGAUGUCACAAUGGAGGUGUUACCAAGUAUGAUGUCCACCAACAAGAAAAGGCCAGCGUUAAUUCAACUUAACUUUCGGUCCCCACUCUCCCAAUUUAGAGAUUUAACAUAUCACAUUUACAGCUGAGGCCCAACAAAAUUCUCCUUUGAAAAAUGUCUUCAUGAAGUUUUGGAUGACUGCACAUAUCACAGAGGUAAAGGAAAAUGACAUCUGUCACUUCCUGUAUAAGUGGGACUCAAUAGUCCAGAACAUUCCGUUUGCAGAAAGUGGAAUCUUUUAGGCACAUCAUCGAUGGUAGCAUCUGGCAUUGUCUUAUGUGAGAGUCACCAAAAUUCAACUCUCAGACUUGUUCAAGGUCAUAGGACUAGUGGGAUCAUCCUGUUGUGAGUCCAUGAAACACCGACUGUGAGGGAUGCUCUUUGAGGUUUAGGGCUCGCUGGCAAAUUCCAGAUUGAGAUAAAUGGCCAAGCUGUGCUGAGAAUGGGAAUGACCAGGCCUGGGCCGUCUCUGCCUCUGCCAACCUGGGACCCCCAGAGCUAUGACGGAUGGUGUUCUCUGCAACCCUUGGUGCUGCACUUUCUUUUGUAGAUGACUGCUUCCUUCACAACAUUCCAAGCCGGGCACAGUGCCAUCGAUCCCUGACUCCCGCACUCUUGCUGUUUUGCUGCUUUGUUGAUUGAAUGUAAUGCCACUGUUAGCGUGGGGGCAAACAAAUGCUGUUUUUUGUGCGAGUGAGGACUUUGCAUCAAAUCCUACUUUAUCUGCUUAACUCUUCCAGCCAACCUCCAUGAAAGUGGAGUUAUUUUUCACUUAAUUGCAAACUUUAUGCAGAAAAUGUGGGCAUCCCCAUGUCAUCAAUAUUUUUGGGCUUAGUGGGAGUCUUCUUUAAAAAAAAAAAAAAAAUUCCCAGCAUUGACCGGAGAAGACGACACCAUUAGGGCAGCUGCCAUAAUCUGUAGGGCUUCCGAGCUCAUUAUUUGAUUUGCUCUUUCAUUUUAAUUUGUGCCAUUAAAUCCCACUUCCUUUAUCUGCAAGUUACACUCAGGACUCAUACGGUGCAAGUCGGUCAAAUCAAAUACACACACACUGAUUGGGUGGACGCCAUUAAAGCGUCUUUCUUCCUGCCAUAAUUAUUAUGAAGGCUGUAAGUACAGUGGACAGAAGAUUUCAAAUUUAAAGUGAUUAAGGACACAUGGGCACAGGUGAUACACACGUUAGGAACGGUAAAUGCGUGGAGUUUGUCACCAAAUUAAGCGGACCAUCAGCCAUCAGUCUCCAUCGGAACUUUCUCAGACCUAACAAGCGCAUCUUUGGGAUUUGGGAGGAAGAACUGAAGUUGUCUGUGCAGAAAAUCUCAUGUUGACCCCAGCAGAACAUGCAGGCAGCAGCUGGACAUUGCUAGGAUUCUGAGAUUUUGGAAGACAUUUCUGUGUUUAAUUUGUAUUUUUAUAUUUGUUUCAGCAAAGUUGAUUUCUUAAUCAUUAUGUCCAUCACAUCAUCACUGUCAUAAGCUUAACAAUUAUUUUGAAUCAUUUCUUAACAUCAUUAUUAUUUAUCGGCAUUCUUAUAAUGAUACAAGCGGCACCGUUUUUUUGACCCUUUUUCAUGGACACCGGCAUCCUGGGCCGUGUCUACUAAAUGUUGCCUUUCCGGUUUUGACCUUGGCUAGUUUUGUUUUACGAUUCAUCUUCUGGUUCCAUCUCUGUUCAACUCAACCACUGCUCUGUGCAGUCAGUAUGCCAGGGAGCCAUCGGGGUUGGAGCAAAUGGCAGGGAAUACCACGGCGUGGUCCAUCAACAGAGGAACAGUGAAGGUGAGCAUGCUUACCUUUCUACUGCCCAAUUGGAGGUCGAUUCCUGCCUGUUAACUGUGUUAUGGCCCUACGUGCGGCCAUAUUGUCUUUGGAGUUAUUUAUUACAAUGUGGGAGAAGGAAAAAUCAAUAAUAAUGUGUAUAAAGAAGGCUACUAACAAUAGUUAAGUACUAAACGUAUGAUAUGUAAGGGGGAUAAAGUUGUAAUUACAGUGGAACCUUGGAUUGUGAGCAUAAUUCAUUCCAGAAAUGUGCUUGUAAAAUAAUCCAAGGCACUCGUAUAUCAAAGCGAAUUUCCCCAUAAGAAAUAACGGAAACUCAGAUAAUUCAUUUCACAACCCACAAAUAUUUAUAUAAAAUUGAUUAAUGCAAAAUAUAAAGUAAAUAUACAUAAAACAAAAUAACCUGCACUUUACCUUUGAAAAGAAUCGUGGCUGGUGUGAGGGCGACGAGAGAGGAGGAGGAUUAUUGUGUAGGACAACUUUCACUACAACUCACGGAAUCACACGAGAAACAACUUUUCUACAUCUUCCAGAACACGUGGCCGUUACUGUGGUACUCUUGUGACUCCUUUUGCUGCAUCUAGCCCCCUUAUUUCUUAUCUCUUCUUUAAUAUCGUGCAAAUCAUCGACGUAGACUUGUUAUAAAAUCUUGCAAUGUCGGCCACUCGCAUACCUCAUUUGUGCUUCUCAAUGAUUUCCUUCUUAACUUCCACUGUAAUCAUCUCCUUCUUCGUAUCACCUUCCUUUUCAACCUUUUUCUUUAUGGGGGCCAUUUUCGCACACACUAACAGUAUAUGCUAGCACGGAUGUUGACUAUACAAGUGAGGCACAAUCCCGCAGUGAGUGAGUGAGUGAGAGAAGUUGUGAUCACGUGAGGCUCAGCAGAUGAAGCGUAUGCAUGCUACUCGUAUUGCAAGACCUCACUUAUUCAUCAAGUCAAAAUGUACUAACAUUUUUUUUUUUUUAAUUUUAUUUAUUAAUUUUAUUGUAAUCAUUCCAUACAAAUAGAUCAAUUUAUAACAACAAAAAAAUUUUGAAGACAUAUCAAAUUUUUUGCUCGUCUUGCAAUACACUCGCAGACCAAGUUACUCGCAAUCCAAGGCUCCACUGUACUGUUCUUGUUACAUUUCUACCUUUCCACUUUUUCGUCCAGGUAAUGCUAGUGUAUGUGUAUAAUAUAAAUAUAUAUAUAUUAGGGUGGUCCAAAAAAAACUAACAGUUUCAAGUUCUCCACAAGGCUGGCUUUAUUCUUUAUCAUAUUCAUGCUCAUUAAAAUGUUGAAUGUUUGUUAUAAACUCCAUUUAGAGGUCACACCAUUUGGCAGUUUUGCUCCACACUUGACGGUCUACAACAUUAGCGUUGUCUUUGACAAAGUUGGGAACUUUUUUGCGAGAGUCUGCGACCAGUUGAAGAAUAAACUGUUUCUGUCCCUCGUCCUUUGUCAGUUUGUUGUUGUACUUUUCGAUGAGACGUAUUCCUUUUUCAGCUGUGUCAUUCACUAUCCUCAUGCGUGCCGAAGGUUCGGAAAAUCUGCUGUUCUUUCUGUUACCAGAUCCUCCAACUUCAGCUGUUCACAUUCAUUUCCCAGCUUUAAGCUCUAUUCGGACAGGAUUAGUUUAACACCAGGAGGUGAGGUAAAGUAAUAAUUACUGGAGGACUGCUGUCAUUUUUAAGCUCUAUUCAGAUAGGAUUAGUUUUUACACCAGGAGGCCGUGCAAACUCAGUGAUUUCCCAGCAGUGCGUUACUCUGUCCCAGAAUUUCCCCAUUCCCUUUAGUUAAGGUAUAGUCAGUUAAGGCCACACUAGUAACCUUUAUUUAUAAGAACAGUGUGUCCGUUUGCACCUCCAAGGGGGACAGCACUGCACGCACCCACUUUUAUAUAUAAAUUGUGCUUAUCAGCACGCCAACAGAGCUCUGAGGGGAUACAACACUACACCCCCCCUUAUUCAGCAUGCAAAACAAGGAGUACACCAAGAGUUUGUGUUUCCCACUUCAGGCAACUGGUAAAGUAAUAAUUACCAGAUGAUCAAUAUAACUUUAGUCCUAUUUGAAUUGCUCAAAUGACAGAAUUUUACCUGGGCUUAUUUUUUACGGACUUUUCAAAGAAGGUAACUGUCUCCGUGAUUUUUACUGAGCUGUACAUGCAGUCCAUGAAAAAUUACUGACAUGUUGUUUAGAUAGGACAAAAACUGCUAACGUUCCCUGGUAAAAAUUACUUUACACCACCUCAUGGCGCACAACUAAUCCUGUCCAAAUAGGGCAUCAGACGUUGAGGAAUGUCUAGUAAUGGCAAUCCCAGCAGGAUUUGCAACAUCUUUAUUUUGGUUGGGACACUGUCAACAAAAAGGGCUAAAAUAGAAACACCUACUUACUUCUAGAAUGAUCUUUAAAAUCCUACUUAAUACUAGAAUGUUCUGGAAGCUUCCACUUACUACAGGAAUGUUCUGGAAAGUCUUAGUACUAGAAUGUUCUCUGUUUCUUUUUUUAAUUGUUUACUAAUGGCUUAGCCAGUUAAAAAACCCAUGAAAGAAUACGUUAAUAGUAGUAAUACAAAUAGAGUGUUCAGAAUGGAGUGACCUGGAAAUGUUUCACAACUGGGCUGAAAGUUUACAGCCUAGCCAACUAUAAAAAUUGGACAUAAACAGGUCUUGUGGAGAAAUGAUUCUACAAAUAUCAACUCAUUGCAUUAGUUUGUGGACCACUCUAAUAUAUAUGUGUAUAUAAUACUUCAGACAUCACAGGCAGCUGCCUUUCUCGACCAUGUCAUAUAUGUAUAUCUAUAUACAGAUACAAGCGACGUUCAAAAAGUUUCUGUACUUUUUUAAUUCUAUUUAUUAAGAAUUUCAAAAACAAAUGACACCAUUUUUCUACGUAGUCACCUUCCUUUGUGAUGCAAUUUCCCAGUUACAUGACACUCUCAGAAACGACCAAUUACUACUCCUCCUGCCUUCACUGUUUCUAACAAAAAUAUAAAAGUGCGGAAACUUUUUGAACGUCCCUCGUAUAUAAACUAGACGAUUGGAGAAGGUAAAGAUUAGGAAAGUCUCCAAAUCAAUGCUCGUUUAAUAGAUGGAAAAUCAAAACAGAAUCGAAGAGAAUGAUAUAAGUAUUGGUGGACUGUCGAUAAAUAUAAGCACUUCUGUUGAGCAGUAGUGUCUCUCACCGACGCAGGUCCUCAGCUGAACUCUGACUUCCGGGUUGUCUCUUCCUUUACAUAGUGGUGGAGGUGAAAGAGGCAGGACUUCCUGGUUUUAACAGGAAGUGAUGUCAGUGCUCUUUCAGUGGUUCUCUGUUAGGUGUAUAGAUGAAAAGGUGUCAGCAAGUGCGCCAUCUCUUGGUUGGGAGUAUGCAUAAGAUUUUCAAGAGUCCUUAUGUGUCUGACUAUGAAUAUCAACCACAAGUG